UGAGGUGACUGCUGGUGCCUUGGAAAUCUGGAGAACUCUGCCGGAGAAAAUCAGGCAAGAUCCGAGUUUAGCCAGUUUUCGACAGGAGCAUGAGAGACUGGGACUUGGAGAUGUUUGCGAUGAAAUUGAUCCGCUUCCCAAUGAUGAUAAUCCAAACGAAGAAGAGGAAGAUAGGUUGGAAAAUGAAAAUUCUGGUAGGAAGAUGGAUUACCUUUCCAUAAAUGUAGCAACUGUUGCGUCUAGGCCAAAUAAUGGGCAAAAAGCACAAUUUUCUGCACCCGCAAAUAGAGAUGCUUCUACUGUUGAAGGAGAUUUGGAUCAAGACACAGAUGAAGUUACUGGUCACAGAAAGCUGAAACCUUGGAUAAAAUCUUUAAAAAUAGGCCUAUUACUGGGAUGUUGGUUAUUGUUCACCGCAAUACUGAUGACGAAAAAUGAAAGAGUUGAAACUCUUAAGCAAAUAUCAAUUCCAGUAGGAAAAGUUCGCAGUUUCAUUUUGCCAGAGAGAUUGAAUGGUGCCAGAUUACAAAUAGAACUAUCAGGAGCAUUUUUACCUGAGCAUUAUGGAAAUUUGUCGAUUAAUUAUAUUGAACUAUGGUUGGAAAUUUUGGAGGUUUCUCAAAGUGUGGAUCCUGCAAAUGCAUCUCACUUGAAAAAGCACGAAGUUCUAUACAUACAUAACAUUUCCGAUGCGUCUUUCUGGCGCCUGCCAAUAGUCUCCGAAGAUCUGUUCGAUAUUGUGCCAGAACUUACCAGAAGGCGCGUCUUCACUUUGGGAAGUUACCCGUCCAGGAAGAUCCCAGACAGCGUCGCCCGUGUUCGAAUGCGCACCAAUGCCGAGGCCAAUUUUCCUCUCAGCAUCGGAUACGAUGUCAGCCCCAUCGACAUGGAUGAUGGAGUUAUUUACGCCGCUGUUGUUCUUUUGGGGCUAUAUAUUUUGAUUGUGUUUGAGAUUGUUCAUCGUACAUUUGCUGCAAUUUUGGCAUCAACAAUGAGCGUUGCUAUUUUAGCAGCAUUGAAUGAAAGGCCAACAAUGUCGGAGUUGAUUUCUUGGAUUGAUGUAGAAACCCUUCUUUUGCUUUUCUCAAUGAUGGUUUUGGUCGCAAUCUUCUCAGAAACCGGUAUUUUUGACUUUUUGGCAGUUUACGCAUACAAGAUCACAUCUGGAAGAAUAUGGCCAUUGAUUAACUGUUUAUGUCUCUUCACGGCGAUAAUGAGUUCUUUCUUGGAUAAUGUCACAACCGUCCUGCUUAUGACACCGGUUACGAUAAGGUUAUGUGAAGUCAUGGAGCUAAAUCCGGUACCCAUCUUGAUGUCCAUGAUAAUUUACUCAAAUAUUGGCGGAGCUUUGACACCAGUUGGCGAUCCUCCAAAUGUUAUUAUCGCUUCUAACAGUCACAUUUCACAGAAUGGCGUUAACUUCACUACUUUCACUAUGCACAUGGCAAUCGGAGUACUACUAGUUAUGGUCCAAACGUAUUUCCAAUUAAGAUUGAAGUUUAGGAACAUCAACAAUUUGAGAUUUUCUGAACCUCACGAUGUUCAAGAGUUGAGACAUGAGAUUGCAGUCUGGCAAAGAGCAGCAGCUUCGCUAUCCAGUUACUCAAAAGACGAAGAUUUGGUCAGAGAAACAUUAACCAAAAAAGUACAAAGAUUAUUAGCUCAAUUGAAGAAAAAAUUGCUCAGUGGCAGUGUACCAUUUGAAAGCUACAAAGCUAACCUUGAAGAAUUGCAGCAGAAGUAUCCAAUUCGUAACAAGGUAUUACUUGUCAAGUCAGGCAUAACUCUUGUAUUUGUCAUCAGUUUCUUCUUCCUGCACUCAGUACCUGAACUGCAAAGAUUGUCUUUGGGCUGGACAGCUUUGUUAGGAGCACUACUUUUGCUAAUUUUGGCAGAUAGGGAAGAUAUGGAGUCAGUCUUGGCAAGAGUAGAAUGGACAACGUUACUUUUCUUCGCUGCCUUAUUUGUUCUUAUGGAGGCGCUUUCAAAACUGGGUCUGAUUGAUUGGAUAGGAAAACAAACUGAAGCAGUCAUUCUUUCAGUAUCUGAAGAAUCAAGAUUGGCAGUAGCGAUAUUGUUAAUACUUUGGGUUUCUGCCAUCGCUUCUGCAUUCGUCGACAACAUUCCUCUAACGACAAUGAUGGUCAAAAUCGCGAUCUCUUUAGCGGAAAAUGAAGAAUUAGGCUUACCAUUGCAACCUUUAGUUUGGGCACUCGCUUUCGGUGCUUGCUUGGGAGGCAAUGGAACAUUAAUUGGAGCUUCGGCUAAUGUGGUUUGUGCGGGUGUAGCCGAACAACAUGGUUAUAGAUUUACAUUUGUCGAGUAUUUCAAGGUCGGUUUUCCAGUUAUGAUCGGCAGCAUACUAGUAACCACCGUGUACCUUAUGAUCGCCCACGUCGCCUUGCAAUGGCAUUGAUGUCACAUGUACCUGAAAUUACAAUUAGGUUUUAUGAAAUAUUGUUUAUAAUUUAAGACACCCAAUAUUAAUGCAAUAAUUGCAAACAUGAGUAACGCACAUUUAAUGAGAAUUGCAUUUGAUUCACUAUUAAAUACAGAUUUUGACAAGCAUUAGAAAAGAAAACUAUGUUUUGAAUAAGUUUAUGAACAUGAAUUUAUAUAGUAUUCGAAACAUGUUUCAAUAAAUUUAUCAAAUACGCUUUAGGUGAAAUAGCAUAUUUUUAUGAGUAUAGUGUAUAUUUUCUAAAACAA